AGGAAAACAACUUUAGUAUUCUAUUUUACAUUGUUUAUAUGGGAGUGCAGCACCACCUUGUUACCUCAAUUUUUUUGGGAUUAGAUUGCCAAUAGCGCCUUUAAAUCAAGCAGAUAGAAUUUUUCUCUCUCUUUUUCCCUCGCUCUCUCUUUUUCUCUCUCAUUCACUCCCUAUAUAGUCUUUCCCUUCUAGCUCUUUCAAUCAAUAUGUAUGUAGUAUAUGCAUAUUUUUUACUAACCUUCAAAUAAACGUUUUGUAAACUUUGUGCAAGAUGUAUUAGGUAUGCUCUUUUAUAUUGUAGAAAAGAAGAAUUUUGUAAACAAUAAAACAGUGUUAUUGAAACGCAAAUAGCUGUCUCAUAUAUAACGAAAAAUAAGAGCGUUUUGCGAAGAUUGUGAAAAUCGUAAAUUAUUUUGAAAAGUUUUUCAAGUAUUGUUUUCAACUGUUAAAACAGAACAAUGUCGAUUGACAAAUCUAAUGUUGAUCAAUACAAAACGGAACAUGAAUGCGACGAACACUGGGAGUUACGUCGUAAAUUUCUUUUGACGCACGCUGAAAAAUUUCCACCAGAUGAACUACAAUGUCUUGCGCAAGUUUUUACAAAUGUGGAAUUUUUGGGAUGCAGAUAUCCUGCAGAAACAAUGAAGAUAAUUGCAGAAUUAUCAAAAGACGUUGUACAAGAUUACAGAGAAAAACAAAAAGGAAGACUGCAAAGAACUUUUGUUGGAGCAUCUGAUGCAGCCAGUUCUAAGGCGAAAGGACAAUCGCGGUCAGAAAAAUCACAAAGUACAGUAAAUACAGAAGAAUCAUCACUAACAAAUCAUCCACCUCAUUAUAGAAAUUUUAAGAGAAAGCAAGAUUCGUUGGAGCAAGAAAGCUCUGUAGACAUUAAGAAAACAAAGCUUAUUGAUAAUAGGAAAGCUGAAAUCGUUUUAUUUGAAUAUUUGAAUGAUGCACCUCAAAGUAUAAUUGCUAGAGCUGCUAGCAGUUUCAAUUUAAAAAUAGAAUGGAAUUAUGACAAAGUCGCAGAAGGAACAUCUUGUACAAUAUUAAUGAAUAGGAAUAAAUUAAGUGAAGGUGUUGGACUCAAUCAAAAGGAAGCUAAAAGAGAAGCAUCAGCUGUAGCCCUGGAAAAAUUGAGAAAGCAAUAUUACACAAUAAAAGUCACAAAGAAUUUAACUCCAAAUUUUACUGGUAACAUUGGUAUGCAAAAAGCGUCAGGCUCCAAUGAAUCUGAUGCUAUUGGAAAUGACAAUAUUGGGUCCAAAAUGAUGAAAUUGAUGGGUUGGACUGGUGGUGGAUUGGGAAAAAAAUCUCAGGGUAUUGUAGAACCUGUCAGUGUACAGCAACAAAUGACAAGAGAAGGACUUGGUUUAAAAUCUGGAUUUUAUAAUAUGCAUGUUUUUAAAAAAAAAUGUACAGAGGUAUUACAGACAUUUGCUAGAAAUGAAGAUACAUCAACAGAUUUGGUCUUUUCUCCUAGUUUCUCAAAUGAAGAGAGAGCCAUGAUACAUCAAAUAGCUAAACAAUUAGGACUCAAGUCACAGAGCUAUGGCCCUAAAUCUGAAAGAACUUUAACAAUAUCGAGAAAAAUAAAUCCUCGAGAACUAGUUAAUGAAUUAAUACAACUUGGUGGGGCUACAGAUAAAUAUCAACUUGUUGAGCCAACAGAAAAUUAGUGAUGUUUUUAUUUUUAUGGUGUAAAAGAAAUUAAUUAUCAUGAGCCAUUAUGUAUAUAAAUUACACAUGAAUGUAAAAAUUUACUUUAUGCAAUUAACUUGAACAUACACAAAAAAUAAUUUUGUACAAUAAAUUACUAUAAACCAUGCAUUAAAACUUAAAA